AUGUACAAGGAGAUCAGCGAGCAGCAGAGCAACGGCAAAGCGUGGGAGUCGGCCGUCCGGAGAGCUCAGCAGCAGCAGCAGUCGCCGGGGUUCCAGACCGGCAGCCGGCGCCGCAUCUGCCCGAUGUCCGCCGACGAGGACUCUGCUUCGACCUCCCCGCGCAGCGGAGGCGGGGGCGGCGGCGGGGGGGAUGAUGACUCGUCGAUAGCGGCGUCGACAGAGGAGGAGGAGGAAGAGGAGGUCUACAAUACCGAGCUUGUCCUUCCCUCCGGCGACUGCUACUCCGGCCAGUGGGCCGGCGGCGUCCCGCACGGCACCGGAAAGUUCCUCUGGAACGACGGGUGCAUGUACGAGGGGGAGUGGCGGCGCGGGAAAAUCACCGGCCGGGGGAAGUUCUCUUGGCCGUCGGGGUCGAACUACGACGGGGAAUUCAAGGCAGGGUUCAUGGACGGCUUCGGCAUCUUCAUCGGCGCCACCGGCGACACCUACUGGGGCAACUGGUCCAUGAACCUCAAGCACGGCCACGGCAAGAAGUCCUAUUCCAACGGCGACUACUACGACGGCGAGUGGCGCUCCGGUCUCCAGGACGGCCACGGGCGGUACGUGUGGUGCAGCGGGUCGGAGUACGUGGGCCAGUGGCGCGCCGGUCUCAUCCACGGCCGCGGGACUCUCAACUCGGCCAACGGCAACCGGUACGACGGCGGCUGGGAUGACGGGUUCCCCAAGGACAACGGCAACUACCGGUGGGCGGACGGCAGCCUCUACGUCGGGGUGUGGACCAGGGACAACGCCGGGAUCCAGCAAGGCGUGUACUACCCGUCGCCGACGGCGACCUCCCCCGCCGCGCGGGACCCGCAGGAGGCCUUCCUGGCCGACCUGCGCGAGAGCAAGAUCGCGCCGGGGGAGACCAUCUCGGUGUUCCCCUCGCAGAAGACCCUCAACUGGUCGGGCACCGAGGCGUGCCGGUCGUCGGCCGACAGGCCUCAGCGGCGGGCGUCAGCCGACAUCAGCACCCGCUGCUUGCCGCCGAGAAGAUCCAACGGCCGGACCCACACCGUGAGCGGCGGCGACAUCCCCGUGGACGACGCAGACCCGAAACUCGCCUCCCGGCCGCAGCACCGCCGUUCGUGGGCGCCGCCGCGGCCGCCGAAGAAGCAAGGCGAGACCAUCACCAAAGGCCACAAGAACUACGAACUGAUGCUCAAUCUCCAGCUCGGCAUCAGGCAUGCGGUCGGCAAACAGGGUCCUACUCAGCCGGAGCUGAAGUCGUCGGCGUUCGACCCCAAGGAAAAGGUCUGGACAAAGUUUCCAUCCGAAGGAUCAAAGCACACACCUCCACAUCAAUCUUGUGAGUUCAAGUGGAAAGAUUACUGCCCUUUGGUGUUCAGGACCCUUUGCAGGCUGUUCAAAGUAGACGCAGCCGAUUACAUGUUGUCGCUUUGCGGGAACGACGCACUUCGGGAGCUUUCGUCUCCCGGGAAAAGUGGAAGCUUCUUUUACUUGACGAACGACGAUAAAUACAUGAUCAAGACGAUGAAGAAAUCUGAAGUAAAAGUCCUUUUGAGGAUGCUCCCAGCGUACUAUAACCAUGUGAGGAAGUUCGAGAACAGUUUGGUGACCAAGUUUUUCGGUCUUCACUGUGUGAAGCUAACCGGAGCUGCUCAGAAGAAGGUCCGCUUUGUUAUCAUGGAGAACUUGUUUUGCUCCGAGUAUGCUAUCCAUAGGCGGUUCGACCUUAAAGGAUCAUCCCACGGCCGCGUGACCAGCAAGCCUGAAUCGGAGAUUAACGAGUACACCACCUUGAAGGAUCUCGAUCUCAACUUCAUCUUCAGACUGCAACGUUCUUGGUUUCAAGAGUUCCAAAGGCAAGUCGAUAGGGACUGUGAGUUUCUUGAGCAAGAAAGGAUCAUGGAUUAUAGUCUUCUAGUCGGGGUGCAUUUUCGAUACUCCAGAGAGACUGCCCCUCUAUCUGAAGGCGGCGGCGGCGGCAGCGACAGCAAAAGAGAAGUAAAAUCUCAGCUUUCAAAACUAGAGAAGGAUCAAUCAUUUUCUGAUUCCAAUAGGUCGGGACCAAUUCGGUUAGGGGUGAACAUGCCUUGUAGGGCUGAAUUAACGGCCAGAACCGAGUCUCAACUUAUCGGAGAGCCAACAGGGGAAUACUAUGAUGUGGUUCUGAUUUUUGGAGUUAUAGACAUACUGCAAGACUACGAUAUCAGCAAAAAGCUCGAGCACGCCUACAAGUCGAUUCAGUAUGAUCCGUCCUCCAUAUCGGCAGUCGACCCGAAACAAUACUCUAGGCGCUUUCGGGACUUCAUAUACAGAGCUUUCCGAGAAGCAGCCUAA